AUGUCUCUGAUCAACUUAGCAACGAUCUUGUCAAAGAAAAGAGGAAUUUUGUUUCAUCGUCGAACCGCUAUGACGACCGAGGCGGACGUGUGGUGCGCGUUGUUCGACCCACUCACACCACCGACAGGCGAGCGCGCCAUUUUCAACGCACACGAUGGUCUUGAUGCCGGCGCCGUCAAUCCGUCCGGCUCCUCUGGCUCGUCGCAAUCCACCCAAUCAACUCACAAUGACGGCACAGAGAAUAGGCCAUCUAAGUCAAAGAUCGUUCUCAUCCACGACAACGCGCGCCCUCAUGUUGCAAAACUGACUCAGCGCGAUAACGACGACGGACUCAAGCGACUUGACGUUUCCUCGUGUUUUUUUUCUUCGUCGACGCUUUCGUCUACGCCAAUGCCAACACCAACACCAACACCAACACCAACACCAACACCAACGCCGCCUCACCGAGGAAAC